UUCUGAGCUUUUGAUGAUACCUACUACAACAAAAGAUUAUAAUGUCGACCUCUGGAUUUAUCAUGGAUUUUUAUAAUACCUUUCGCCAACUCGGCUAAAAACGACAAAACUUGAUCAAUUGUGUCAAGAAGAACAUCGAUCCUGUGUUAUUUUAGGGAUUGGCAAAUGAUGUCUUCAUCCAAUGUAACUGCGAUGCCAGUGGCGUUUGUUCCGAAUCAUCCCGUAUACACCGGCAUUUGUGUCACUUCUGCAGUACUUCUCGUGUGUAUUAUAGCCGUCGGAAACUUUCUAGUAGUCGCAACAUUUCUGAAAAGUGACAGUCUUAGGGGACCUUCGUAUCUUCUUCUAUCAAGUUUAGCUGCAGUCGAUUUCAUGGCUGGCGUCAUAGCGAUUCCGAUAGAAACUGUUAGGAGAUUCGUACAGAUUGAGGUGACGUGUCUUUACACAUACUCACGAUAUUUUUCGGGUUUAUGCUAUCUCUUUGCCUCGAAUUCUCUGCUUCAUAUCGUCAUGAUAACCUGGGACCGAUAUAUCGCUGUUCACAAACCCUUUCGUUACGGAACUCUCGUUACCACUAAGCGUGUUGCGAUCGGGAUAGCCUUCAGCUGGUCAAUCAGUAUCGGGUUUUUAAUAGGCCUUGUCACAAAGGAAGAAGAUCCAACUCUUAUUGCUAACUACUGCGCUGGUACUAACAAUCAAACCGAUCGUCUUACUCGAAUCGGGAUCAUCAUCAUAAUGAUAGGUAUCAUUUUGUCAGCAUUGACUUUGAUCACGCUCAACAUGUUAAUUCUACGCACAGCAAUGCAGCAUGCGCGUAGAAUCGCACAGAUGGAACGCGCAGUGGGCCAAAGGGAGGACGAAACAAGGUCUCGUGUUAAGGCAUCGCAGAUAGUAACAACCAUCACUCUCGCGUUUUUCAUUUGUUACAUACCAACAAGUGUGUUUCAUAUCAUUCUCGGUGUCGACAUCGAAGGCCGUCUCUACAGUCGACCUGCAGAUGACGUCACAGCAUUCAUAUUUUUCUGCGGCUCUGCAGUGAAUCCUGUUAUAUACUGUUACCGCGAUCGUGUGUUUCGCGAUAAGGCUCUCCGGUAUUUCAAGGACAAGUCCGUCUGGAGAAAAUUAUGUUCUGCUGAAUCCACGUUUGCUUAACUCUGGUCUGUGUCCAUCCAUGGACCUAUAUUGGAAGCUUCAUCAAGAAAUUAGAGUUCAAAGGCGACUGUUUCUAGUUUUGAUAACAUUUAUGGAAAGGACAUUGGACAUGACAUUGCACAAUGAUUCUCCCCAGAGGUAUACAGGUUAGCCCCGCCUACCUCUUAUUUACACCUCUGUUACCUGUUUAAGUGGAUAUGCGAAUGUCACACCAAUGCAAGGAAUUCGCUCCCAAACAAACCGAUGGUACUUCAUUGGAAAUGAUGUACUAUGGUGGACUCCAUGCAGUUGGUAUUUUUCGUUUCGUUUUCACAGUUGCACCUGAUAUUGUAAAAAUGACAUGGCAAAAUAUGUUAUUAUAAUGAUGAUAAUAUU